AUGUAUCCGCAAGUCGAGGACUGGUCGUCUGAGCGGCUCCUAGCGGACGGCAUUGGGGACCUUCGCCCCUCGGUCGAUGACGCGGCGGUAUCCUGUGCCAGUGACUCAGAUCUCCCGAGGGGCCCUACAUCCCAUACCGUCGACACAUUCACCGCUUCAGGUCCGCUUCAGUCAUAUGAUGGGAAGUCUUGCUCUGACACGCAACAACUUUCAGAGCUUGACGAGGCUCUAUGCCUUUUCGCAAAGGAAACGGAGGGAUCGGACGAUCUCAGCACAUAUGAGCUGGGAGUGCAACGCUUUUGGACGCUGAACCAAGAGUGUGGUGGCGACAUCGGACAGACAAGAGGAAGAUUCAUGGACGAGGUACUCACAGCCGUCGAGAAGGGACUCGACAGAUCUAUCGUUACGGAGAGAAUGUGGUCCACUCGGAAGACUCGGGCACGGAAGAUGAUCAGGCGGCACCUUGCACGCGUGGUAGCAGGACCUGCUCUUGAGCACCUCAAAGUGCCCGUCCACGUUUCAUACCCGCGGAAGGCUGGCCUCAAUACAAGUCUGGCAGGACCUGCACAUAGGCCCCUCAAAGUGCCAGUCACCCACGAUCCUCACUCGAGGAGGGCUAGCCUCAACGCAACUUUUAUCAAAAGCAGCAUCCUGCAGGAACCAUCUAGGGUCUUGGCCCGAUUGGAACUUCUAAGAUCUGAGGAUGAGUCCGCGGCUAUCGACAGGCUGGUGGAGGAAGCAUGGAACGAGAGUCACGCCGGGUCCACCUCAGAGCUCGCUAUGGCCGGUGGACGUACUUCGAGCAACACCAGAAAGCGCCAUGGUCGUUUCCGAGAAGCUGCUAUAGAGCAUAUGUCCCGAGAGACCGAUCUCAUAUGUGUCUCCCGCAGAGAUUCGAUCGGAGCUACAUAG